UCCUAACCCGGAAGUGACCGUGUACGACGAGUCGCUUGGCUCAGACAGACAGCUCAGCAUUAGCCCGGCUUCCUGCCUGCUAAUUCAUCAGUGACAGCCGCCCGUCCUCUCCGCCACAAUGAACACAGUGCUGUCCAGGGCUAACUCCCUCUUCGCCUUCUCUCUGAGUGUUAUGGCCGCUCUCACUUUCGGCUGUUUCAUCACCACCGCUUUCAAAGACCGAGUGGUGCCUGUGAACAUCCACGUCUCCCGGGUGACGCUAGAGAAUGUGGAAGAUUUCACCGGCCCCAGAGAGAAGAGUGACCUGGGAUUCCUCAUAUUUGAUAUAAAUGCAGAUUUGCAACCGAUAUUUGACUGGAACGUGAAGCAGUUGUUCAUAUAUCUCUCGGCAGAGUACUCAACUAAGAGUAAUGCUUUGAACCAGGUUGUGCUAUGGGACAAGAUCAUCCUCCGGGGAGACAACCCAAAGUUGUCUUUAAAGGAGAUGAAAUCAAAGUAUUUCUUCUUUGACGAUGGAAACGGCCUGAAGGGUAACAGGAAUAUCACACUCACCCUCUCUUGGAAUGUGGUCCCGAAUGCUGGCAUCCUGCCCCUGGUCACAGGAUCAGGGCACAAAUCGAUCCCAUUCCCAGAAACCUACAAAACCCCAAUGAGCUAUUAAAUUAUUGCAACCUUUCCUACAUUGAAUUUUUUUAUAUAUAAGAAUGUUCCUGUACAUCUUGAAAAAAAAAAAAAUCGCGCCUAAUUUUCCUACCUAAUGAAAGAAGAGUUUUAUUUACAAAAAGGGAAGAAAAAAAAGCUACACUUGGCAAUAAACCGCUUAUUUGGAAAUGUGUUCGCCACGUGGGUGAGAGGCGCGUGUAUAUGACAGUGAAAAGCCACAAUUUUUAUUUUUUUAUUUUGAGCAGGUCUUGGUCUUCCCAGAGGGAGGGAAUAGACAGUCACAUCCAUCGGUUCGAAGCAAUGCAACGUUAUGUCCGCCGUGUUUUAUUUUCUCCUCGGUAAAUGACGGCUGAGCCUGUCGUUAACAGAAUAAAUGUGAACAUGUGUUAUUUUAUAUUAGCAUAUUCAUGUGGAAAAAAUACAAUGUCAGCAGUCCAGACACUGUUUUCAAAUAAAACUAUCCAACAUGGUGUACAA